UGGCUUGGCACUGUGAUACAGUCUAUCGUAGCGUAAGGAGCCAUUACGGCCCUAUAAUACGUUGGAAUCUAGUAGUAUCUACGAUGCACUUCAUGUGCAGUGCGCAAGGCUACAAGCUCGGAUAUUUGGAAUACACCAGAAACGGUGGCUCUGGAUCUGACUCCGAUCUGAGUUGUCCUCGCCUGAUCGAUGUGCCCUCGGUCAGAUCCCGCAGCUCGCUUGCAGCACGUAUAUAAAGAGGAGCCAUGCCGCCACUUCCCAGGCCCCAUUGACCAUCUUUCACUAUGCAGUCCUCCAUUUUGGCAGUCCUUUUCGCUGCUGGUGCAGUCUCCGCUGUUGCUACACCUCAGCCUCAGUCCAACCUAGCUGAGCUCUUUGAGGCCGCUCCCCCUCUUGUGGUUGACAAUGAUAUCUUCGGUGCUGGUGUGCCUGAGGCUAUCUGGGCGCUCUCAGAGGAUGAGAUUGUGUCUAUCAUUGCGGACAACUCUACGACCAGUGGAUCCGGAGAUGUCCUGUCCAAGCGCUCAUCUCCCCCUGAAGAGUGUGUCAACCAAAAGAAGUUGGGCCCAUACCCCGUCACCAACCUGGCUGUGCCAAACCCCGACACCCCUGAAUCGUUCAAGUCUACUUUUGCCAAUGUCCCUCAGUCGAGUGGUGUCCCGGUGAUCAACUUUUACCAAGUUCCUGGUUGGUCUAACCUCGGUGGUUCUGGUCCUGGUUCCGGUGCGUACGGUCUCAAGUAUCUCUCGUCUUACGACAUCAACACAUGCGCCCAGAUCUGCAAGAACGACAAGGGUGGAUGCGUCGCCUUCAACCUCUACAUUGAGCGUGACCCAACAGUUUCUGCGAAUUACAAGCCUGCUCCUUGCAGCGACCCUCCUUCGAUUGCAGCCAUCAAGUGUGUUCUUUACAAGAUCCCCUUCCCUCUGGACGUGCCAGCCACCACCCUUGCUGGCAACCAAGGUGGCUACCGUGCCAGCUUCCAGGUCCGAAUUGCUGCUUCUGUGGGAUACAAUUCUGGUGUUCGCCCUGGCCCCGUCCCUGGCUACUGCAACCCAGUCAAGUUGCCUGCUGCAGUCAACGUUCCCGACGACAGCUACAUCGGUGUGAACUACUACGACGCUGCUGUCGUCGGCAGUGAUGCUUCUUACUGCCGUAUUGCCUGUGAUGCUGAUCGUGGCUACCACACCAGCGCCGAGGGACCUAACAGUCGCAUGUGCCGCGCAUUCGUCGGUUACACCUUGGCCAAGAAUGGAGGUGGCGGUGGUGUGCAGCUCCAGUGUGUCAUGUACGCCAGAAGUAUCGACCCCGUGUAUGCUACCAACUAUGGUGAGUACCGUGGAGCAGACUACUAUUCUGUCGCCAACUCUUAUCUCUACAACGACAUUGCUGGAUGCCCGUCGAGUGUCACUGCUUAGAGCAGGAGCAUACGUCCGGCCCACUGUUUCCUUUCAUUCCUAUUCUCCACCGGCUCUUGUUUGAACACAAGCUCUCGAUGUCGUCUCUUUGGCCAAAUUACACAUCCGUUCUAGUCGCCAAUUCUAUACCAUUCUACUCUAUUUUCAUAAAUAUUCCGUCAGCAUUGAUCGUAGCUGCUGAAUUGGCUCUCGUCUGCCCAUUGAGUCAA